ACCUGGGCUGGUGUCUUCGGGAAGGGGGGGCGGGGUUCCCAAGAAAGCCAGCCCAUGGUUCGAUGAAGUGUGAACGGGUGCGACCCAAAGAGACCCCGCUGCCCUCCCCUCGCCUGGGCCAUGGCAGGGACGAUGUCCCCGGGUCGGGCACCAGGCUCGACCUGGGCCUGGCGGCCAGUGGCGCAGGACGCACUUCUGGCUCGUGCCUUCCAUUCAUGCACGGAACUGCAGGGCCGGUUCUAUCUGGUAGGGGGUCUCCUAGCAGGUGGUGCUAGGGUGCCCAGCAGUGAUACUGUGAUCUUUGACCCGGCUAGGGGCCAGACCGUGCUACUGGCAGCCCAGGGCGGGCCCCCGCGCAGUCACCACGACGCGGCGCCAGUGGGAGGGCGUUGGCUCUGCGUGGUGGGUGGCUGGGAUGGGUCCCGUCGCUUGGCCUCAAUAGCCGCGCUGGACACAGAGCAAGGAGUGUGGGAGGCGUGGACUGCGACCCCUGGCAACUGCCCCCCUGCUGGCCUCAGUAGUCACACCUGCACUCGCCUCUCGGACCAAGAGCUCCGGGUGUCUGGACGGGAAGGCGGUAUCCGCACCCAGCGACGCUUUGGAAGCAUCUACACGUUAAAGUUGGACCACAACACCCGCACUUACUGCUACGAGGAAGAAAGCUGCCAUACGGUCUCCCGCUCAGGUCACUGCGCUGCCCUGCUGCCAACCCCUGGACCCCACCCAGGUCAUCGGUUAUUGCUCUUUGGGGGCUGCAACUCAGUUGAACCAGAAGUAGCAGGGCAGUGGAGCCAUGGCAAAAUUAAGGAGGAACCACCUAUGACCCCUUGUUUGAUGGAGCAGCUUGCAAGGCUUGUGAGCAGUGGGCAGGGGUCCCACCAGGGUCCUCCAGGUCUGCGACAUCAUUCCUGUUCUGUGGUGGGGCCCUUCGCUGUACUGUUUGGUGGAGAAACUCUGACCAGAGCUCGAGACACCAUCUGCAAUGACCUCUACAUCUAUGACACCAGCAAGUCUCCUCCUCUGUGGUUCCACUUCCCCUGUGCAGACCGUGGACUGAAACGUGUGGGCCAUCGAACUUGCCUUUGGAAUGAUCAGCUUUACCUGGUUGGGGGUUUUGGUGAGGAUGGCAGGACAGCUAGCCCACAGGUUUGUAUCCUGGAACUCUUCAUCUAAAGAACAGUACAAGGACAUUUGGCCAAACCUUUGUUUUGUUGCAAACCCAUACAGCGUAUCAUCAGAACUAUUGCCUUACUUCAAAUACUUAUUAAAUUUCAAUAUGACAGUCAACAUUUUGUCUCUGAGUCUUUUUUAGAAGGGCAGUAAAUAAAUAGACAUCUUUAUUUCCAAGGGAAAGGACAAAGUAUGGGUCCUUUUGGAUACUGUGAGUCACUGACCAGGUGAAAACAAAAACCACGGAUCAUAUGCUGUUUUUUGCCCUUAAACAAUUUCUACCCCUAGAUGGGAGAAAGUUUCAGUCUACAGCUAAACAUUCUGACCAAAACAUUUAAUUAACAAAAAAUAUUACAAUAGCAGAGAAAAUAAAAAUAACAAUAAGAGAAAUUAGAAGUGGGAAUCAGGGUUUUAAAAAAAAAAUGCAGAGGCUU